GCGAUGAUUAACCCGGGUGGCGUCACUCGCUGCUGGUGAUGUCACACCGUCCCGGGCGAGAGAGUGCUCCUGCUCCCUCUCUCUCUCUCUUUUCUUUGUCUCCGUGUCUGUUGUCUUCAUUUUCCCUUCAGCAGCAUGCAGCGAGCCAAGACCGCCCUGCAGCUUCUCAUCACCUCCACCACACGUCCUCUUUGCCAUCGCCAUUUUCACCGUCCUCAUCGUCGCCGGCAUCAGGCGGCACACUCCGUGGGGAUUAUCGGAGUGCCUUUCUCCAAAGGACAGCCCCGGGACGGCGUGCAGCUCGGACCGGACGUGAUCCGUGCUGAGGGACUCGUGCGGAAACUUCAGGGGCAAGGCUGCGCCGUGAAGGAUUAUGGGAACUUGUCCUAUGAGGAGGUGCUGCCCGACGAGCCCGUGGGGCGCGUCAAACACCCCCGGGCGGUGGGCGACGCCAACCGGAAGCUGUCGCAGGCGGUGCGGGCGGUGAAACGGGACGGGCACACGGCGGUCGUACUGGGUGGAGACCACAGCCUGGCCAUCGGCUCCGUGCACGGGCACGCGUCUGCCGUGGGGGAUGUGAGCCUGGUUUGGGUGGACGCCCACGCGGACAUCAACACGCCGCUCAGCACGCCCACGGGAAACAUGCACGGCCAGCCUGCGUCCUACCUGCUCCACGAGCUGCGCCCAAAGGUGCCCGUCCUCCCCAACUUCUCGUGGAUGACGCCGUGCGUGUCGGCCAAACAUUUGGUCUACAUCGGCCUGAGAGACCUCGACCCCGAGGAGCAUUUCCUCCUGAAUCUGGUGGGCGCGAAGGCCUUCUCCAUGACGCAAGUGGACGCCCUGGGCAUCGGCCGAGUGAUGGAGGAGACGUGCGACUUGCUGUGUAAAGGCGGGGCCAGAAGACCGAUCCACCUGAGCUACGACGUGGACGCCUUGGACCCGGCCGUCACCCCAGCAACAGGGACGCCCGUGAUGGGCGGCCUCACCUACAGGGAGGGCGUGUACAUCGCCGAACACCUCGCCAACACUGGGCUGCUGUCGGCGGUGGACGUGGUGGAGGUGAACCCUGCCGUGGGCGUGUCCGAGCAGGACGUGCGCCGGACGGCCGGGGUGGCGGUGGACAUUUUGCUGGGCUGCUUCGGGCGGCUGCGCGGAGGAAACCACCCGCCGAAUUUCUGCCUGCCUGACGCGUGACCACGACGCGAAAGACCUGAAGCCCCUUUUAGCUUUUCAGCCACCCUCUCUUCAUAUCCCGCUUAAGGUCCUGGUACUGUUCUCACAUCUGAGACAAGUCAGUCACUAGUCCAACCACCGUCUUUUUGUCCAAAAAAACUGAAAUACUUCACCUGGAUGCUGGUUCAAGCCAAAGAAAUUCUCACGCAAGCCUUGAA